AUGUCUAAAUCCCCCGAGGGGGAGGAGGAUAACCGAAAGGGCACCUCGGGCACCAGAUCUCUUGUUGCCCGCCAAGCGCCAUGUCCGGCAGGCGGGCAGGAUGGUAUUGGAGCCUUCCAGCAGGGAACCAUGAACGCAGUCAUUAACACAUCUGUCGCCGUGGCCAAAAUUAAGCCGCGAAAGUCAGGCUUUGGCGAACAGCAACGCAUUACUAUCAUGUUAAUCGCCAUCGUGGUGGCGUUCCUUCUUCUUCAGAUGCCCAGCACCGUCCUCAACAUUCUCGGCAGUCUCAUAGACAUUGACUCGCGUAGAAAAGACUUGCAGUUCGCCUCCAUGUUAAUUAUUUUUUCUAACAUCUCGAACGUUCUUCUCUUCUUUAAUGCCACCAUGAAUUUCGUGUUUUACUCCCUAUUUUCGCUGAAAUUUCGCACUACCUGUAAGGCCCUAUUCCAGGGUUCAAAGUGCAGGGCGGAGUUCUACUCAUUACAAUCAAAGAUGAACAGCACUUUCAAAAGGAGUUACUCUGCAGCGCCGAGGACAGGAAGUAAGAGUGAUCGGACAGCUGCCGUUGAGAUACCACCGCUGGAACAUUGUCCUACCUGA